AUGCUCACAUUUCGAAAAUCGUUGAUCGCGGCGGUCAUCCUAAUCACCUUCAUCGUUCUCCUCCGGUCCGCGCAUUCCGGUCCUUCCACCCAUUCCAUCGUUCCCAAACCGGACGAAGCGGUCUUCGAUGUCAACCAGGCUGUCAGCAACGAGCAUUCAACAGAGCAAAAGAAGGAAGCACAGCAGGCGCCACUGAAACCACCCCCAACUGCACCAUUGCGUGACCGACUCCGUUAUCAAUUCCCCUACGAUCUGGAAAAUAAGUUCCCCGCGUACAUCUGGCAGACAUGGAAAUAUACGCCGUCGUCGGUCUGGUUUGGCGAGGAUCUCCGCCCCGCGGAAGCAAGUUGGACGACACUGCACCCAGGAUUCGUUCACGAGGUGGUGACGGACGAGACUCAGCGCCAUCUAAUCAAGUACCUUUACGGUUCAUUGCCGGAGGUGUUUGAGGCCUACGACUCGAUGCCCCUACCUGUCCUGAAAGCGGAUUUCUUCCGAUACUUGAUCCUGCUGGCCCGGGGAGGAAUUUACAGCGAUAUCGAUACCUUUGCGCUCAAACCCGCAUCCGACUGGUUGCCCUCGGAGCUGGAUCUCUCGAAGAUCGGCUUCGUCGUGGGCAUCGAGGCUGAUCCAGAUAGGCCUGAUUGGCAUGAUUGGUAUUCGCGCCGGAUCCAGUUUUGCCAGUGGACCAUCCAGGCCAAGGCGGGCCAUCCGAUCCUCAGCGACAUCGUCGCGUACAUCACGGAAGAGGCGCUGCGGAUGAAGAAAGCGGGUGUUCUCAAGGAGGGCAAGAUGGAUAAGACCAUCGUCGAGUUCACGGGGCCGGCCGCAUGGACCGACGCCGUGUUCAGAUACUUCAACGAUCCUGAAUUUUUCAGUAUUGAACCCGAUUCGACACACAAUGUCACAUACGAAGAUUUUACCAACCAGCAGGGGUUCAGAAUGGUUGGUGAUGUAGUGGUUCUCCCCAUCACCAGCUUCAGCCCCGGUGUCAAUCAGAUGGGUGCCGGUGAUUACGAUGAUCCCAUGGCGUUCGUUAAACAUGACUUUAGUGGAUCAUGGAAAACAGACCCGUCACUUUGA